AUGGGGGGCAGGAGGAAGUGUCGAAGGAGGCCCCCAAAGAAGCCGCAGGGCAGCCGGGUCCGAGAGGCGGCACCAGAGAAAGCGGCAGCCGUUUGCCCCAGGGUCCCGGUGAACCCCAUCCCGCAGAGAGGGGUCCCCGACGGGGGGCUGCCCGGGGGGGGCCAGGCGCUGCUCUGUGUCCCCGAGGCGCUGGCCGAGGAGCUGGCCCAGGCGCUGGUCAGCGUGGGCAUGGCCCUGGAGCAGGAGUACGCCUGGGACAUCUUCACCAGCAUGAUGAGGAAACAAUCCAGCUACAUUUUCCGGAGCUGGGAGGUGCCGCGCGCCCUGACGGCCGAGAUGCGGGCGCUCGUCGUCGACUGGCUCGUGCAGGUGCACGAGUACCUGGGCCUGGCGGACGACACGCUCUACCUGGCUGUGUACCUGAUGAACGCCUACAUGAAGGUGGCGCGAGUGAGGGUCCCGGCCCUGCAGCUGCUGGGUGUCACCUGCCUCUUCGUGGCCUGCAAAGUGGAGGAGUGCACCGUCCCCGAGGUAAAGCAGGCAAACGGAGCCCGGCUCUCCUGGGGCCCGCAGCGCAGCGGCCAGGGGGUGGGCGUCACGUCCCCAGCCCCACUGACGGCCCCUCUGCCCCCAGCCUGCCUGCUGCAGUCGGAGCUGGUGAACUACGAGCGGGUGCGGGAAUACUGCCUGAAAGUGCUGGAGAAACAACGCAGCAACUUCAAAGCCACGUACCGGGCGGGCAUCGCCUCCUACCACCUCGGCGACUACGCCCGCGCCCUGCUCUACCUGAAGGAGGCCAAGAGCCGGGAGCCCGCAGAUCAGGCUGCCCUGCCCUGUGCGCAAAGCAGCCUCUGA